CAGGGGAUGACGGGAAAGCGGAGGAGCGCCGAGCGCGCGCAGGAAGGCGCAGCGGGGCGCGGCCGCGGGCGCCGCGCGCUGGGCCUUAUCCGCGACCGCCGGGCGCGGGUGGACACGUUCGGCAGGCGGAAGGAGACGCUCAAGGCCAAGGCGUUCGAGCUCUCCGUGCUCUGCGGCGUCGACGUCGCGCUCGUCGUCGCCGCUGCGGACGGCGACGGCGACGCGGCCGCGGACGUCUGGGAGUCCACCGAGGGCGCUGUGCUGGCCCGGUACCGCGCGCUGGACCCGGAGGUGCGCGCGCGGGCGCGCCACACGCACCGGGCAUACCUCGAGGGCGGGCUGGGCAAGGAGGAGGCCAAGCUCGCCCGCGUGCACCAGGCAGGGCCCACCGCCCUCGACCCCUGGCCCUGGGACAAGGCGCUGGACGGCACCGCCACGGCGGAGGAGGCGCAGCGGCUGCUCGAGGCCAUCGACGCCGCGAUACGGGCCUCGGAGGACAGGAUGAGGGCACUGGGUCUGCCGGUCGACGGCGAGGACGUUGUCGGCCCUGGCGCCGCGCUCGAGAUGAUCGCGACGCUCGACUCUGCUGGCGUGGACGGUUACCCGCUGCACCCGCCCGGCGGCGGCGACACCUACGACAACCAGGCCAUAUGGAGCAAUGAGGGCUUCAACGCGUACAACUUCCAGCAGUGCCCCGCCGGCAGCAGCAGCGCGGGCAUGGAGGGUUACCACCUGCAGGUGGCGCCGGAAAUGUACACCGGCAGCGGCCACAACAACGGUCGCAUCGCGACCGACGCCCACAUGUACCAGCCGCCCGAUGCCGGCACGAUGCAGCACGGCUACGGCUUCCACCAAUGCGCAGGCAUCGACUGCUUUGGCAUGCCUGCUGGCCACCAGAUGCAGGAGUUGCCGGGCUGGGGCACUGCCCAGGCCAAUAUGGCCAUGUGGAGAACCGAGGAGCCGCGGCAUGCCAUGGUGCCUGUCCAUUAUCCCUCCGCCCAAACCGGCCUCAGCUACAUGGAAACGCUGGCGGCACUCGGUGCCCAGGGCGGCGGUGGCUUGUCCUUUGCCAUGGGCACCAGCUGCAACUUCGUCAACGCGCCACCUGUACUUCCCCUCGCCAUGGGCACCGCCGGCUGCGGCGGCCGCGACUUCAUCAACGCGCGACCAGUAGCCUUCUCCCACGCCAUCUGUGGCACCAGCGACAACUGCACCGACACAACGCCAGCCGGGCCGCUCGCCAUGAGCUACGGCGCCGACCUGACGAUCGCCGGCGGGUACGCGACGCAGUGGCAGGCAGGGCGCAGUGGCCACCAGUCCGGCAUCGAGCUGCUGCGUUACCUUGGUAGGUUGGAGGAGAACACGCAGCUGCAUCUAUGGGGAAACUAAUCUUGCAAGUACAGUAGUAGCGAUGGUGGUGGUGUACAACGUCGUAGGGUCAGAUGUGCGACAUCACGAGCCCGGCAAUUUUGGGCGACAGAAGUCUGGCCGCCGGGUUCUGAUGAUGUCGUCGCCGCCGCCCAUGGUUCCCGAGCAAUUUUCCCGGCCAGAUAGCAAGGGACAGGGGCUAGGCAUCUUAGGCAGGUUGUGCUUGUGCACUUUCGAGAGAGAAAAAAGGUUGUGCUUGUGCAUGGUCACCAGGUGAAACCCGGAGACUGCUCGGCUAGGUAAGAAUCUGGCAAAAUUCC